GGGAUUCCAGGAUUGCCAGGAUGCCAAGCUGGUUGCCGACAGAGGCAAAGGUUUGGUUAGGCUCAGCUUGGUGAAAAUUAGAUACGUGGUUACUGGUGGUUACGAGACGAUGGUGAUCAAGCAGAAAGGUACCGAGUUAUCGAAAGAGAACCAAGUAAAUGACUCCACAGGGCCGAAGGAACAGAAGGCGUACUCGUUGGAAAUUUUAAAAAUAAUCAAAGAAGCACAGCAGCAACAUGGGUUAAGACAUGGGGAUUAUCAACGGUACCGUGGUUACUGUUCAAGGAGACUAAGACGUCUAAGGAAAGUAUUAAAAGUUCCACAGGGAGACAGACGUCAUUUUAAACGGAAAGAUAUAACACCUGUCAUGGUGAGCGAUGACAAAUUUCUACAAGUUCCCCUUAUGAUGGCAGAACGUGCUUGGAGUUAUGCUAUGCAAUUGCGUCAGGAAUCUAAUACGGAGCCAAGGAAAAAAUUCCAUUUGAUCUCUAGACUAAGGAAAGCUGCUACAUAUUCCCUGCAGUUACAAGAAUUAAUAGAGAAUGUUAACUGUGACGCGAGAACAAAGUUAGAAGCUCAAGCAUAUGUUGCCUGGAUACAUGGUUCCUUGCACUUUGAAUUACAACUAUGGAAAAACGCUAUGGAGAAUCUAAAGAAAGCUCAGGUAGUAUAUGGGAAGUUGGCUUCUGCGCUGCCGGAAUCGGAGCAAGUAAUGUAUAACGCUCGGGUAGAGGAGCUUGCUCCCAGCCUUAGAUACUGCGCUUACAAUAUCGGAGAUACCACUGCUAUAGACGAUUUAAUGCAAAUGAGAGGUCAGUUGAGUGGAGAACUGCUAGCUAGCUUGGACUCUUUGAUAGCUCAGACUCGAGAAAAACAGGUCAAUGCCGAGGAAGUGAUUUGGCGUGGUAAGUCUUGUGGUGUGGUGCCACCCAGAGCAGCUGGUCUUUUAAUUGCAGACUCGAGAUUGAAUCAGACGUUAGAAAAAGCGGUUACCACUCAAGCUAAAAUCGAUUUACUGGAAGCGCACCUGAUAGACUGUAAGGAUGCCAUCUCAGCAGUGAGAGACUUCUUUAAGAACGAGCUUAAGAACAAGGACAACGACAAACAAACACCACCACAACACUUAGUAACCUACUUACAGUACAUUAGACUGUCGCGCACCCUCGAGAGGAAUUUGGCACUAAUUAAAGCCGCGGAGGAGUCUGCUAAGGCGAAGCCACAGAACAUCGUGAGACUGUAUGAAGCAGCUCUCCAUAAUCUCGUGGAAAUUUCACAGUUACAAGAAGAUGACGAGUUUAUACGCGAACAGGAAGCUAAGACGAAGAGUUACAGGGCUUUCAGGUGUUACUACAUGGCCCAGUCUUUGGCGAAUCUUCACCGAUGGAGGGAAGCAAUGGCUCUAUAUCAGAGGUCCUUGCAGCAUAUGAAAGAUGCACUCAGUUAUGGAAACAUACUGCCAGAUUCGUUGAAGGAGUCUCUCGAAAAACUGGAGACAUCCAUAGAAGGUGCAAAGUACACCGCCCAUGCACACAGCGUAUUAGAAGAGGGACAGGAAGAAGAACCUGGAACCAAGUACACGAAAACAAAAAAGCCUUUGUACGAACGUCUCCACGAGUAUAGAGAAGAUCCUGCUCUUCUUACGAAGCAACCAAACGUUUACAAAUUACCGCCGCCAAUGCAACCUAUUCCGUGCAAACCGUUGUUCUUCGAUUUAGCUUUCAAUAUGGUCGAGUUCCCAGAUUUGAGUGCGAAACUCGGUGACCAGACCAAGAAGGGGGGCCAGGCUGCUCUUACAGGAUUCGUUAAAGGUCUAUGGGGUUGGGGAAAUAAAUAAAAUAAGUAUAUUGUAAGUGAAAGAUACUGGAUUUUUUCUGUUGUCGCACGUGGUGCGGUAAUGAGCAUUAAAUUUUCACUUAUACGAACUUAUAUUCACUUAUA